AUGAUUUAUAAAUGCGGAUUUUUACCACCGCUUGGCUAUGGAUCAUUCGGCGAUGCUUAUGGUUUACCGCCGAUAAUGGACAUGCCACCAAUGGGUAUUGGAAAUAUUGGUUCAUCAUCACUUUUAACACCAUCAGUUGACUGCAUUGAUCGAAGCGCCGAUUGUCCACUUUGGGCCAGCACCGGUCAGUGCCUAACUGCUGGAGGUCAUAUCGCUCGAUUAUGUCCACAGUCUUGUGGUACCUGUUUUGGCAAUGGCAGAUCCUAUAAUUUUGGCUAUGGUCUUAACGGUAUUGGAAGAUUUGGUUAUGGUUUAGGUUACAACUACAACAACGAUUAUCUGGGCUUAGGUCUUAAUUCUUAUGGUCUCGGUUCUGGGCUUUCUGAUGGCAGCAUCUUUGGUAGCAGUUUUUAUCCUGGUUUAGAUGGUUUUAGGCUACCUUAUUUAUCGUAUCCGUUGAAAUAUAAACAGUCUAAGAGUACGAGGUUGGACGAUCAAAAGAAGCCAAAAUCACCCUUUGAUUAA